GACCUAGAGGCACCGCCUCCCCCGCCGCCAUGUUGUUUCUACCUCCCCUCCCAGCUGGUGGCUGCAGCGGCGGGACGGGAGCUGCGCAGCCCUGGCUCCGACAGCAGCGGCGCCUCCCCCGGCAGAUGCUGAAUGAUGAUUUAAACUGAACAAUCAAGGACUCAGAAAUCAGGAGGAUCCAUUUCCAUAACAAUGGCAACAAAAUCAUCUCUACUUAAAGUAAUACUCUUAGGUGACGGUGGAGUCGGGAAGAGUUCACUUAUGAACAGAUAUGUCACUAACAAGUUUGAUACACAGUUGUUCCACACAAUAGGCGUGGAGUUCUUAAAUAAAGAUUUGGAAGUGGAUGGACACUUUGUUACAAUGCAGAUAUGGGACACAGCAGGUCAAGAACGGUUCAGGAGCUUACGGACUCCUUUCUAUAGAGGUUCUGACUGUUGCCUUCUAACUUUCAGUGUAGAUGACUCUCAAAGCUUCCAAAACUUGGGUAACUGGAAAAAAGAAUUCAUUUACUAUGCAGAUGUGAAAGAGCCUGAAAGUUUUCCUUUUGUGAUAUUGGGUAACAAAGUUGACAUAAAUGAAAGGCAAGUGUCUACAGAAGAAGCCCAGGCCUGGUGCAGGAACAACGGCAACCAUCCCUAUUUUGAGACUAGUGCAAAAGAUGCCACUAAUGUUGCAGCAGCCUUUGAGGAAGCUGUUCGAAGAGUUCUUGCUACUGAAGAUAGAGCAGAUCACUUGAUUCAGACAGAUACAAUAAAUCUUCACCGGAAGCCCAAACCCAGUUCAUCUUGCUGUUGACUGUUAGAUUUUUUUUGCCAAUAAAGUUCUGACAAACUUACUCUAAAAAUGAGAAAAGGAGUAAUAGCUCAAAUAUAAGUGGGUUCCACUCUAAUAUUAUUAAAAUGUAACAUUCUGCUGCUUUACUGGGGAGUGGGGGAGGCUUCCAUUCAGUGAGUGACUUGUUUCUGAAUUAGUGGCAUCUUCUGUUUAGAAAGAUGUCAGCUAAAAAUGUUCAUUUAAUAUAAACGUGUAAUUUGCAAAGCUAACAAAUCAAAUGAUAAAUACUUUAAAUGUAAUUCAGAGAAACUUGAAAGUUCUAGAAGCACUACUUUUGGGUUUUUUUUCCUGUAAUUCAAUGCAAGGAACAAAUUUUGUAUGUAUGUGUAUAUUUUUAUGAAAUUAGCAUUCCAUUUUUGGUUCACUAAAACCCAUUUCAUAACAUAAUAAUGCUAAAUAUUAAAGAACUUCAGUCUCAUUACAUUCCUUUUGAUCUGAGUGGUACUUCAUCUGAUUUUU